AUGGAAUUUGAUUGUCUGCAGAGUAACAAAGUUCCUCAAAAGUUGAUAGAAAAUUCAGCCUUAGAUAUAGAUAUAGUUAAUCCAAAAUCCAAUUCCAAGGAAAUUUCAAAUACCAAAUCUGAAUCUGUAAAAGGUGAGAAUUUUAAGGGAAAAUUGAAGUUGAAGUUGAAGAAAGGAAUCAAAGGUUCUGCCACUGGGUUGAAUCAAUCAUCGGAUUCUGGUGAUGUGGUUGAUGCGGUUCCUCGGUCGAUUACCGACCUUCCUCCUGCAUUGAUAUCUGAGAUUCUCAAUUGCCUUGAUCCGAAAGAUCUUGGAAUUGUUUCGUGUGUUUCGUCGAUUCUCCGCAGUCUUGCUUCUGAGCACCAUGCUUGGAAGGGGUUCUAUUAUGAAAGGUGGGGGCUUCCAGAACCUCUUGGUGUUGGGGAUGAAAAGUCAUGGAAGGAGAUUUUUGUGGAAAGGGAGUUUAGGAGUAAGACUUUUAUGGGAAGGUAUAGUAUGGAUGUGUUGUAUGGCCAUACCGAGGCGGUUAGAACUGUUUUCUUGUUGGCUUCUGCAAAGCUCAUUUUUACCUCUGGGUAUGACACUGUUGUGAGGAUGUGGAACAUGGAAGAUGGGUUGUCAAUCGCUUCGUGUAAACCUCUUGGCUGCACCAUUCGUGCAGUUGCAGCAGAUACGAGACUACUGGUUGCUGGCGGUACCGGUGGGUUCAUUCAUUGUUGGAGGGCUGUUGAAGAAUUGCCCCAUCUGUUUGAUCUUAAAGGCUCGCAAAACAAGAAUACCGAGGUUCGACUUUGGGGUCAUGAUGGUCCAGUUACAUCACUUGCUUUAGAUUUGACGAGGAUUUAUAGUGGCUCUUGGGACACAACUGUUCGCGUGUGGGACCGUCUCACGACGAAAUGCAUUGUGGUGUUGAGGCAUAGUGACUGGGUUUGGGGACUUGUCCCUCAUGAUACUACAGUUGUCACCACAUCGGGCUCGGAUUUGUAUGUUUGGGAUACUAAUAGUGGUACUUUGGUGAGCAUUGUUCCAAAUGCUCAUGUUGGUAAUACUUAUGCUUUGGCAAGAAGCCAUUCAGGGGAUUUUGUUUUUACCGGAGGUGAAGAUGGUUCUAUACAUAUGUACGAGAUUGUUCGUGAUAGCUAUAUCACCGAAGCGUUGCAUGUUGCUACAUGGGACCCUCACUCUGGUCCUGUGAAUUCCCUUGCCUUUGAGUUUCCUUGGCUUGUGUCUGCAUCAAGUGAUGGCAAACUGGCUCUAAUUGAUGUGAGGAAGCUACUGCGGACAAGCAAGCGUGUUCUGCGGAAGAGAGCUUCAAAGGCAAAUCAUUCGGGCAAAGUUAAUGUAGAGCCUCCACAGAGGAUGUUGCAUGGAUAUAAGAAUAAUCUUUAUUCUGUAGAUAUAGGAGCUGAUCGAAUUGUGUGUGGAGGUGAAGAAGGUGUUGUCAGGAUUUGGAAUUUCACAGAAGCUUUGGAAAUUGAACGCAGAGUCUGUGCAUCAAGAGGAGUGCGAUUAGAGAACAGAAUGAGACGGCGUAAGCUCCAAACAGAGCUCAGCAGUAAAGGUGGUAGGAGCGAUCAAUGUUCUGUUGCGGCCAAGAAAAAUUCGGUGCCUUGUAUUUGGCCGAGGGGUGGAAAGACGAAGGCAUAG